CACUUAACAAACAACUGAAGUUAUCAACCGCUACAGUAUGAGCAAGAUUGACGUUCACCAUCAUUUCUACCCGCAGGAGAUGCGGGAAGCACUCGAAGAAGCUGGUGGAGAUCCCUCCGGAUGGUAUAUCCCCCCUUGGACACUAGAGCUCGACCAAAUGAUCUGUAAAGACAUUGGUGUGUCGAAAACCAUACUCUCAGUGACUGCACCGGGCCCUGUCAUCAAGAAAGACUAUGCAGCUGCUGCAAGACUAGCGAGACAAUGCAAUACCGCAGCAGCUUCUAUCAGAGAUAGUCAUCCAAAUAGCUAUGGGUUCUUUGCUAGCGUUCCUUCAUUGUUUGAUACGGAGCGAGCGAUCGAAGAAAUACGCUAUGCUCUUGAUGAGCUGUGCGCAGACGGAGUCACUCUUUUUACCCGAUACGGUGAGGGCAACAAUUACUUGGGUCAUAAAAGUUUUGAACCUAUCUGGAAAGAGCUGAGUCGAUGCAAGACUGUGGUCUUCGUACACCCGACACAUCCACAGGAUACAAGCCUGGUCAACAAUUUGCUACCGCAGCCUAUGUUUGACUACCCGCACGAAACAGGACGUACAGCAAUGGAUCUGAUCACUAGCGGACGCCUCCGACAGCAUUCUGGUUGUAAAAUCAUACUGUCACAUGCUGGGGGAACACUCCCGUAUCUAAUCUAUCGCGCGGCGACUAUGUUACCAUGCAUGCCAAAUGGGGGCGGAAGAACUCGGGAACAGCUUCUGGAUGAGGCCAGAGAGUUCUACUUUGACACGGCACUCAGCUCAGGGGGGCCAACGUUCAAAGCAUUGACAGAAUUCGCGAAGCCUGGGCACAUUUUGUUUGGAAGCGACUUUCCCAAUGCACCCCGAGAAGCAAUCUUAAGUUUCUCGGCACUUUUCGACGAAAACAAAGACAAAGAAACGGCGAUGGGAGUAAGUGCAGCUCAAGCAGCAAUUGCAAUGCUUGCAAAAGAUCAAGGAAGAUGAGGGGAGGUAGAGAUCUGCGAAGCCGGUCAGUAUUGUCACCUUUGUUUCUUCGUGAAAGAGAGUCGUAUUACUUGGCAACAGCCUCGAAUCUUGAGGAUUUUAAGACAUUACAUUUGAAGUCUCGAUAAACGUUGGAAUUGACCCGGU